AUGUCAGCGGAAGCUCCUUCAGAUCUACCCAUACAAUCAUUCUCCACCGCCCAAGCGCUGGAGGUAUUUCUCGAGCGCGAGCAUGCAACAGCGCCUGGGUUUUACCUCAAAAUUGCAAAGAAGGCUUCGGGGAUUCCCUCAGUGUCUGCACCACAGGCCGUGGAGACUGCAUUAUGUUUUGGUUGGAUAGAUGGUCGCGCUAAUGCAUUUGAUAAGGAUUGGUGGCUGGUGCGGUACACCCCUCGCCGAGCGAGGAGUAUUUGGUCUCAAAAGAAUGUCAAUACAGUCAAUCGACUGGUGGAAAAUGGCCGUAUGCGCCCAGCUGGGCUACUUGAAGUGGAAGCGGCAAAAGCUGACGGUCGAUGGGAACGUGCUUAUGCUGGUCCUGCCACUAUGAAAAUCCCUCUUGAUUUUCAAGCCGCGCUGGCAGCAGUGCCCAAUGCUGCGGCUUUCUUUGAGACUUUGAAUAAGACCAAUCGCUAUUCUGUACUGUGGCGCGUCCAAACGACUUCAGUUAGAUCUCGGGGAAAGCGAAUCGAGACGUUGGUUCAAAUGCUAGCCGAGAAACGACUCCCUACUGCCUUGACUGGAGCGAAACGGAAACAGGAAGCAGAUGACGGAGAGACCCGAACGAAUACCAAAAAAAUCUCCAAAACACACCCAUCAUUUACCGCCAAUUAA